AUUUUUUAUGAUAAUGUCAGCAUGAGACAAAGAGUUAUCAUCAACAGAGAAUUUUUUGACAUUUGUUUUUAUAAACUGAGUAAAGUCCAGAGAGACGCACCAAUUACAUGUUUAUCAUCCAGGAGGAAGAAAAAUGGAGACUAGUCAAGGGACCCAUCCUCUCAAUAUCUGCCAUGUCCAAAACCUGUUGGUUAUCAUCAACAGGCUACACAUGCUCCUCCAUUCCACUGCUUUAUGCUUCUUGUUCUAUUACAGGCUUUGCUUUCUUUUCCAAGACACAGAAACCAGAGGAAGCCACUUGCUACCAUGGCUUCUUGUUUUUGCUUCAGAAAUUGUUCUUUCCUUCAUUUGGAUCCUUGGCCAAGCGUUUCGUUGGCGUCCCGUUUCGCGGUCUGUCUUCCCAGAAAGAUUGCCAGAGGAUGAUAAGCUUCCUGAUAUUGAUGUGUUCAUAUGCACUGCUGAUCCAAUUAAGGAACCCACUUUGGAGGUGAUGAACACUGUUUUGUCAGCCAUGGCACUGGAUUAUCCUCAAGAGAAGGUUCAUGUGUAUCUUUCAGAUGAUGGGGGUUCCCCCAUGACUCUUCAUGGUGUGAGGAAGGCUUGGGAAUUUGCAAGGUGGUGGCUUCCAUUCUGCAAGAGGUACAGAAUCAAGAACAGGUGCCCCAAGGUUUACUUUUCUGAUUUUGAGGAUGAUGGUAGUGAUUUUGCCAGGAGUAGUGUGUAUUUGGCAGAUAAGCAAAAGAUGAAGGAAAAGUAUGAGGCUUUUAAAGAGGAGAUACAGACAUUCAGAAAAGAUGGGGCUUUCUCCAGAGAUAGUUCUGGUAUAACUGAUGGAGAUCACUCAUCCUGCAUCGAGACAUUCAGAAAAGAUGGGGCUUUCUCCAGAGAUAGUUCUGGUAUAACUGAUGGAGAUCACUCAUCCUGCAUCGAGGUGAUGCAAGAAAACAAUAUUGAUGUAGAUAAUGUCAAAUUGCCUCUCCUUGUCUAUGUUUCUCGAGAGAAGAAGCCUUCUCAUCCCCACCAUUUCAAGGCUGGAUCCCUCAAUGUUCUGCUUCGCGUAUCUGCUUUGAUGAGCGAUUCUCCCUACAUCCUAGUUCUAGAUUGUGACAUGUUCUGCAAUGAUCCAACUUCAGCUCGAAGUGCUAUGUGUUUCCACCUUGAUCCAAAGAUAUCUUCUUCCUUAGCUUUGGUUCAAUUUCCUCAGAAAUUUCACAACAUCAGUAAGAAUGACAUCUAUGAUAGUCAGCUGAGAUCACUAUUUACACUACAAUGGCAAGGAAUGGAUGGGCUUAAGGGACCAGUGAUGUCAGGUACAGGGUUUUAUAUAAAAAGGGUAUCACUGUAUGGAAAUUGCGCACACAGAGGAGAGACUGAUCUGCUUCAACUUAAAGAAUAUUUUGGUUCAUCCCAUGAAUUUAUCAAAUCAUUUACUCAAAACUACACUAGUGAUUUGGCGUCUGGUCGGAAUGCAUUUAUUCAAGAACUUCACUUGUUGGCUUCUUGCAAGUAUGAAACUGGCACCAAAUGGGGACAAGAGGUUGGUUUCUCAUAUGAUAGUGUAGUGGAAGACUUCCUUACAGGAUUUUUCUUGCAUUGUAAUGGAUGGACUUCAGUUUUCUGUGAACCAUCUAGACCACAGUUCCUAGGUACAGCUACAACAAAUUUGAAUGAUGUGCUAAUCCAAGGCACAAGAUGGUACUGUGGUUUGUUUGAAAAUGGUAUAAAUAGGUUUUGCCCCCUUAUAUAUGGCUCUCAAAGGAUGCCACUUCUUCAGAGCCUAUGUUAUGCUGAACUCACAUAUUUCCCUCUUUAUUGCUUGCCUCUUUGGUGUUUUGCUACCAUCCCUCAGCUCUGUCUGCUAAAUGGAGUGCCCUUGUACCCUAAGGUUUCAGACCCAUUUUUCAUGAUAUAUUUGUUCAUUUUUCUAUCAUCUCUUUUAAAACACUUACAAGAAGUCUUCUUAACUGGGGGAACUCUCCAGAAGUGGUUAAAUGAGCAGAGGAUCUGGAUGAUGAAAUCAGUUACAUGCCAUCUAUAUGGAUGUUUGGAUGCUAUACUAAAGAAAGUUGGUGUGAGAGAAGCUAGUUUCUUGCCUACAAAUAAAGUAGAGGAUGAUGAACAAACUCUACUAUACCAAAUGGAUAAAUAUGAUUUCCGAGCAUCAAAUAUCUUCAUGGUUCCAAUGCUUGCCAUUCUCACUGUCAACAUAAUUUGCUUUGUUGGAGGAGUUUACAGAGUGGUUUUGGUGGGUGAUUGGGACAAAAUGUUCAUUCAGAUUUUCCUUGCAGUUUUUAUCAUCACUAUCAACUACCCUAUUAUUGAAGGGGUAGUGAUAAGGCAGGACAAGGGACGAAUUUCACAGGUGGUGGCUAUGCGUGUUAUCUUGGCUACGAUGAUUCUUUUGACGUUUUGUAAUCUAUUAAGAAGUGCAUAAUAUUCUCUACUACCAAUUUACUGUAUAUUAUGAGUAUCAUCCAACUCUCACAUCGUGUCAAGAAAAAAGUAGAGAAAAUGUAUACUCAUCCAAAUCCCACAACACAUCAGAGUAGUCUGAAGAAGAAAAAAAGGUGGAGAGUUGUUAUAAAUAUGGAGAGUUAGUUGAGUUUUAUUCACCACAACAACGCCAUUAUUUGGGUAUCUUGGGCUCAGUAGUUGUGUGGCUUUGUGAAAGUUUGCAAUUCUGACCUUGUGAGGAUUUCCAAUUCUUUUCCUAAAUUGCAUUAAGUAAUAAAAUAUUUUGUUGAGAUGUGAA